AUGAUUACCGCUGACUACAUCCGGAACCGGAUUCCCUCAAGUGUGCAUGGCAAGACUCCGUGGGAGAUGUAUUAUUGGGAGAAGCCGAACCUUAGCCACUUGCGGAUGUUUUGGGCGCGGACCUACAUCCACGUGACCAAGGGAAACCGGAAGAAGAUGGAGCCGCGGGGGAGCAUCCGGAACCGCAAAUGUAUCAAGAAGCCGGAGAAAAGAGAGCGAGCUUUGGCGGCGUCUGAGAUGCGGGCCUUGUUGGAGAAGGGGACGUGGGAACUCGUCAAAAACCUGGAGGGAGUGAAGCCGAUUCGCAUGAAGUGGAUUUACAAGAUUAAGCGGGAUGCGCUUAGGAACGUGGAGCGGUACAAGUCUUGGGUGACGGCGAAAGGGUAUUUGCAAAAGCAAGGAAAUAACUUCGAGGAAGUAUACGCCGCGGUGAGCAAGCACACAACUUUGCCGGCGCUCCUAGCAGUGGUUGCGUAA